AUGUGCGCCAAGAUGAGUGUGCUGCAAGGCCGACACUUAGGAAUUAUGACCCUUACGAGCAGCCCGUGUGAGCUAGACAACAUGAGCUUGUUUCAAGACCUCAAGUUGAAAAGGAGAAAAGUAGAUUCCCGAUGCAGUUCGGAUGACUCGCCGGUGUCCUCGGCGGACUCGCCGCUGGGGCUGCAGCCACAGGAGGCCUCGCCUUCACCACUAAACUUUCCUGCUCCAGGGGAGAGCGUGGGCGCUGACACCUCGACAUCCUCGCCGGACGCCAACAUGCCGGGCUCGCCGGGCUGCCCGAUCGUCAAAGUCAAGUCGGAGUACCUACGCGGUAGCCCGAGCCCCGGAACUCGCGACAUAUGUCUCCAGCGCAACGCUCAAGCGCAGGCUCAUCACCAGCAGCAGGCGUUGAACAAACAACAACAGCAGCAGCAGCAGCACCAAGCGCAGGAUUCGGCAACGGAGCGCGCCUCGCCGGACUCGGUGUUUCCCGAUCUGGCUGCUCCUAGACUGAACCAGCAGAGCAGCGUUGCCAAACAGGCUGACAACCAUCACCACCAGCAUCACCACCACCACCACCACCAUCAGCAGCAUCAACAACAGCAGCGGAGAUCCUACACACCAGCGCCCACGAGAUCGCCACCACACUCGCCCGCACAGGCAGUCUCGAGUACGCCGUCGACUCCGCUGCCCCAGGAGCAGGUGACGAGCCGGAGCAACGACGCGUCCGAGCGCAACCUCAGCUCCGCCCAAUCCAAAGAAGAGUCCGGCAACUCUGUCUUCGACGGCGGUGGAGGUGGCCACAUUACCCCAAACAACGCGAACAACUCCAACGCCAACAACAUUGGCAACGCCAAUCACGGAAACGCCAACAACAGCAACGCCACUAUCGCGAACAACAACACUAGCAGCAGCAACAGCAGCAGCAUCAGCAACAGUAGUAGUAACUCACGCCCGGAAAACAACAACUGCGUGCAGUCGAUAGUGCACAGAGGCAGUCCCUCGGCCCAGUACCACCAGGCCAGUCCCAGUCCUAAUCAUCAGCAACAGCAGCAGCAGCAGCAGCAGCACUCGCCCCAGCAUACGUUGCCAAGGUCGAGGGGGCCGGCGCUACCGCCGCAUCUGCUGAAUCCCCUGCCACUCUGGCCGCAGAUGUCCAGCGUCUCGGGCUACGCGAACCAGAGGCUACUCAACGGCGUCAUCAGUAGCUACGUAACCGGCAACAACGGGGCUGCUGCCGCAGCGGCAGUGGCAGCAGUCGCGGCGGCCAACGCCAACAACAACAACAACAACAGUAAUAACAACAAUGGCACUAGCGCCGCCACUGCUGGUAUGAAGCCGCCGGCUCAACGAUCGGUCCCAGCAGCGCCAACACGGCCACCACCCACGGUGAUGAUGGGCGAGGUCGGCGGAGUGCGGACGAUGAUCUGGUCGGUACCGGCGACCGAGCUUCCGAGCGCGUCGACGCCGGGCUCGCCAGCCCCCUGGACGACGCCCGCGCUGGCCUCGACCUCGUGCUCGUCGAGCGAGGAGUCGGCGGCCGCCCAGCUGCUCCUGAAUCUCGGCCAGGAAUCGAGAGCCAACACUCCGCCAGUGAGUUCGGCGUCGCACACCGCGCCUCCCGUGCCCCUGCUCAACAUGGAGAGGCUCUGGGCGGGCGACAUAACUCAACUGCCGGCCUCCCAGCAAAUACAGGCGCUAAACCUCACGGCCUCAGGUUCGCAGCAACAGCAGCAGCAACAGCAAACGUGGGUGAGGAAUGGCAGUCUGUCGAAGGCCGAGGGACAAUUGGGACAGCAGGGAUUGGUCGGACAGACAGCCCAACAGGGCCAGCCCGUGCAACAGCCUGAACACGAGGAGGAGGAGACGCCGAUGAUCUGCAUGAUCUGCGAGGACAGGGCGACCGGCCUUCAUUACGGGAUCAUCACGUGCGAGGGCUGCAAGGGUUUCUUCAAAAGGACAGUACAAAACAGGCGGAUAUACACCUGCGUGGCUGAAGGUGGCUGUGAGAUCACGAAAGCGCAGAGGAACAGGUGUCAGUACUGCCGAUUUAAAAAGUGCAUGGAUCAGGGUAUGGUACUGCAGGCCGUAAGAGAGGAUCGGAUGCCCGGCGGACGGAAUUCCGGUGCUGUCUACAAUCUGUACAAGGUCAAGUAUAAAAAACACAAGAAGGCGAACAAGAGCAACGUCACGAGCAGUAUGGGUGUCUUGGGUGGGACAGGCGUAGGGGCGGGACACAUGAGUACCGGUGUCAACGGUGCGGCCGGCAACAAACCAAACCUCACGCCGACGAUGCUGGACAAGCACAUGGCCGCUGCAGCUGCUGUUGCCGUUCAUCAACAGCAGCAACAACAGCAACAACAGCAACAUCAACAGCAACAGCAACAACAGCAACAGCAACAACAGCAACAGCAGCAGCAACAGCAGCAGCAACACGUGCAGCACAUAGCCAGCAGUUUUCUGCAGCAGCACCAUCACCACCAUCACAAGAUAACGUCGGGCGACGGUGGACUGGCCCAGCUGGCGACCAGCCACCCGGUGCAUCAUACCCAUUUUGUGAACGGGACUAUUCUCAAGACUGCUCUUACUAACCCCUCAGAAGUGGUGCAUUUACGUCAGAGGCUAGAUAACGCGGUGAGUAGUUCGCGGGACCGAAACAUCUCGCUGGACAAGGCCCUCGCCAUGGUUCAAAUACUGAUGGACUGCGACGAGACCCGGCAGCUAGCCACACUCGACAAUUUGGACGAACUGCUGGACCCAAAGUCAAACCUCAACGACAAGCUGAUCCAGAUCGGCGACACGAUCGUUCACAAGCUCGUACAGUGGACCAAAAGGCUGCCCUUCUAUCUCGAGAUUCCAGUACAGGUGCACACGAAACUGCUCACGCACAAGUGGCACGAACUACUCGUCAUCACAACCUCGGCCUUUCAGGCGAUGGAGGACAUGCGGACGGACAGCGUACCCAUCGAUUACAGUCAGGAGGUCUCGAACAAUAUGUACAGGUUGCAGGCGUGCCUGACCAGUAUGAUGGGUCGACCGAUCACGAUGGACCAGCUGAAGCAGGACGUCGGACUCAUGGUCGAGAAAAUCACGUACGUGACCCACGUAUUCAAGAGGAUCAAGCUCACGAUGGAGGAGUACGUCUGCAUGAAAAUCAUCAUACUGCUCCAGCAAGCACGAUGCGGUAUGCCAGAGUUGGAACAAAUAUACGAUCGGUAUUUGAGCUGUUUACGAAGUUACCUCGAACACAGUGCUCCGCAGCAGCCCAAUCGUUUUAACGAACUUCAAGCCAGAUUGCCCGAAAUACAAUCGGCGGCAGCUCUACUGCUCGAGAGUAAAAUGUUCUACGUCCCUUUCCUAUUGAACGUGGACGUCGAAGAAAGAUAG